GGUUCCAAUCCUUUAAACCGCUCUCACUUUUUUCUCCAUAAUUUCUCUCUCUACCAAAAAAAAAAAAAAAACAAAAAAAAAAACAAAAAAACUCUCUCUCACAUCAAUGGCGUCUCCACGCGAGGAAAACGUGUACAUGGCGAAACUCGCCGAGCAAGCCGAACGUUACGAAGAAAUGGUAGAAUUCAUGGAAAAAGUCGUUACUUUCGCAGACAGCGAAACCUCCGAACUAACCGUCGAAGAACGUAACCUUCUCUCCGUAGCCUACAAAAACGUGAUCGGAGCACGUCGUGCUUCAUGGCGAAUAAUCUCAUCAAUUGAACAAAAAGAGGAAAGCCGUGGUAAUGAAGAACACGUUGCAUCAAUAAAGGAAUACAGAUCUAAGAUUGAAACUGAAUUAACAUCGAUCUGUAAUGGCAUUCUUAAGUUACUUGAUUCUAAACUUAUUGGAUCAGCUGCUACUGGUGAUUCUAAGGUUUUUUAUUUGAAAAUGAAAGGAGAUUAUCAUCGUUAUUUAGCUGAGUUUAAAACUGGUGCUGAGAGAAAAGAAGCUGCUGAGAAUACUCUCUCCGCUUACAAAGCUGCUCAGGAUAUUGCUAAUGCUGAGCUUGCACCUACACAUCCAAUCCGAUUGGGACUUGCUCUUAAUUUCUCUGUGUUUUACUACGAGAUAUUGAACUCUCCUGAUCGUGCUUGUAAUCUCGCCAAACAGGCCUUUGAUGAGGCAAUUGCGGAGCUGGACACAUUGGGUGAAGAAUCCUACAAGGAUAGCACUCUGAUCAUGCAGCUACUUCGCGAUAACCUCACUUUAUGGACCUCUGAUAUGCAGGAUGAUGGAACUGAUGAGAUCAAAGAAGCAGCACCCAAACCAGAUAAUAAUGAAUGAGCAGAGCAGCAGUAAAAUGGUGAAAUUUCUUUAGGAUUGAAAUAUGCCUUUGUUGUAACUUCUUUUUUUUAUUAAUUAUCUGAAUUAUUCAGCUCUUUGUUAGUUCUAGAUCUUGUGAUUUGUAAUACCUAAAAUCAACCCUUGUUAAUUUGUUGUUUUUGUUUGUUUCUCUGUGGAUUUCUUCUUGUAUUUGGAUAAUUUCCUUUUUCUCAAAGGAAUGACUUAUUGGGAAUUUGGAUCUACU